UCAGAGAGAGAGAGAGAACGGAAGGAGAGAGGGAAAGAAGGGUGGAAGAGGGCGUGAAAAGACCGAAUUGACCUUGGCUUUCUUUCGAAAUUACCCUUUCUUCUUCUUCUUCUUCUUCUUCGUCGUUGUCGUCGUCGCCGUCUUAGUCUCUCUCUCUGUAAUUUUUUAUUUUCAUUUAUCAAACAUGAACGAGAAGGCUAAUGUUUCCAAGGAGCUCAAUGCGAAACACCGAAAGAUUCUUGAAGGUCUUCUUAAAUUGCCAGAGAAUAGAGAAUGUGCUGACUGCAAAUCCAAAGGUCCGAGAUGGGCAAGUGUGAAUUUAGGUAUCUUUAUAUGCAUGCAAUGUUCUGGGAUCCACAGAAGUCUUGGGGUACACAUAUCAAAGGUUAGAUCUGCUACCCUGGACACAUGGCUCCCUGAGCAGGUUGCUUUUAUUCAAUCAAUGGGAAAUGAGAAGGCAAACAGUUACUGGGAAGCUGAGUUACCCCCUAAUUACGAUAGAGUUGGGAUUGAGAACUUCAUUCGUGCAAAGUAUGAGGAAAAGAGAUGGGUUCCUAGAGAUGGAAAAUCCCAAUCACCACCUAGAGGGUCGGAUGAAAGGGCUCCUCAUUGGCAGAGACCUAUAGAAAAAAGUGGGCAUGGGCAUAUUAGUAAUUCUGAGAAUUCAUUUGAGGAAAGGAGGAACAUUCAAGCAUCUAGCAGAAAAGAAAGCCUUCCUGCAACAAGAGUUAGUCUUCCUGUUCCUCCCAAGGGACCUGAGCAGGUUACACCCAUCCAGAAGCCUGAACCAGUUGUUGCACCAGGUGAGGCAACAAAGCCAGCUGUAGAGACUGCUCCCACUGUCACACCCCCUAAAGUCUGUUACGCUACAGACCUUUUUGACAUGCUCUCAAUGGAUGAUGGCCCAAGUGAAAAUGGUGCAGAGGCAGAUUCUACUGAUGAUAAUAAUUGGGCAGGUUUCCAGUCUGCUGGAGAAGCUUCGACAACUAACAAAACUGCUCCACCAAAAGCUGCUGAGAGUAAUUCCCAGUCGGCUACUGGGAUUGAGGAUUUGUUUAAUGAUUCACCUCCAUUUACUACCAACCAAGUCCCAGAGAAGCCCCAAAAAGAUGUGAAAAAUGAUAUUAUGAGCCUUUUUGAAAAGUCCAAUAUGGUGUCACCUUUUGCGAUGCAUCAACAGCAACUAUCUAUGCUAUCACAGCAGCAGUCUCUUCUCAUGGCUGCUGCUUCUAAAUCUGCUCCUGGAAAUACUCAACUGCCUGCACAGCAACUAGCUAUGCUAGCACAGCAACAGUCUCUUCUCAUGGCUGCUGCAGCUAAAUCUGCUCCUGGAAAUACUCAACAGCCUGCACAGCAACUAGCUAUGCUAGCACAGCAACAGUCUCUUCUCAUGGCUGCUGCAGCUAAAUCCGCUCCUGGAAAUACUCAACAGCCUGCAUCCAACGGCUCGAGCAUACCCACUCAAACUUGGCCAAACAUCGGCUAUCAAAUCCCUGGAAUGAUGAUGCCAGUUGCCGGGCAGGCUGAUCUGCAGAAACUUAUGCAGACUAUGACAAUGGGACAGACACAACAAUUGGGAAACUCUGUCGCAUAUCCACCAUCCAGCUUCUAUGCAAUGGGGCAAGUAACCCCGACAAACGGUGUAGUGACCAGCGGAGCAACAAGCAAGCCCCAAUCGGCUUCCACAGUUUCAUCAGCGAAUUCUUCACAAUCAGGACAGGAUUAUGAUUUUUCGUCAUUGACACAAGGGAUGUUCACAAAACACUGAGGUUGGCUGGGGCGGGGUGAUGAUGAUUGCUGGCUUUGUCAUACUAUACCAAAAAUAGUUAUUUUACAGGGGAAACUUAGAGCUUUGGAAGGGUAUUUUCACCUCUACCAGGGAGGGGGGGGAGAGAGCGGGGAUUGUAAACUAUUUGUAGAUGCAGUUUUCAGUUUUUUUUUUUUUUUCCCUCCAUAUUUGAGUGAUGACUUCAUUUGUAUGAGUAGAUUUAUGCCAAGCAUUAAUAAAAGUUGAGUUUAGAUUUAAUUUGAUUAA